CCAAUGGCUGGAGGGUGCUCGCCCGAGUCCAAGAUGGCGGUGCUGGGGACUGGCAAUAGGGCCCCUGGAGGGAGGAGGUGAAGCGGCCUCGGUUGGAGGCUUUGGGCCCCACCGCUCCGGCUCUUUCCCUUCUUCCCGGAGCCAGCGGGGGGGACUCGGCUUGGGUCCCAGCCAUGGCAGCGGAAAGCAGCAAGCAGUUUUGGAAGCGGAGCGCAAAGUUGCCUGGCAGUAUUCAACCUGUUUAUGGAGCUCAGCACCCCCCACUGGAUCCCCGGCUCACAAAAAACUUUGUUAAGGAACGAUCUAAGAUCAAUGCACUGCCCAUGAAGAAUAAGAAGGCCAGCAGUUUUCAUGAGUUUGCUCGUGACACAAGUGAUGCCUGGGACAUUGGGGAUGAUGAAGAUGAGGACCUCUCAUCUUUUCAGACUUUGAACUCUAAGGUGGCCAAGGCCACAGCAGUGCAGGUGCUGGAGAAUCACAGCAGAUUGCGUGUGAAACCUGAACGGCCCCAGGCACCUCUGAGUGAAGCACUAACCAAUUGUAAAGUCAUCAAGUCCAGUAGUGAUGCCCAGCUAUCCAAAAUGCCUGAGGAUGCCUGUAUGCGCAACCCCCUCCACAAACAGCAGUCCCUCCCACUCCGGCCUAUUAUUCCACUUGUUGCUCGCAUCUCUGACCAGAAUGCUUCAGGUGCACCUCCCAUGACAGUGCGUGAGAAAACCCGCUUGGAGAAAUUCCGGCAGCUUCUGUCCAGCCAAAACACUGAUCUAGAUGAAUUGAGAAAAUGCAGCUGGCCUGGUGUCCCCAGAGAGGUCCGGCCUGUAACGUGGCGACUUUUAUCAGGUUAUCUUCCUGCCAGCAUGGAGAGGAGAAAGCUAACCUUGCAGCGUAAACGUGAAGAGUAUUUUGGCUUCAUUGAGCAGUAUUAUGACUCCAGAAAUGAAGAGCAUCAUCAGGAUACAUACCGGCAGAUCCAUAUAGACAUUCCACGGACGAACCCCCUCAUCCCUCUGUUUCAGCAACCAUUAGUUCAGGAGAUCUUUGAACGAAUCCUGUUUAUCUGGGCCAUCCGACACCCAGCCAGCGGCUACGUGCAGGGGAUUAAUGACCUGGUCACUCCAUUCUUUGUCGUGUUCCUCUCUGAAUAUGUUGAAGAGGAUGUGGAGAACUUUGAUGUAAGAAACCUUUCUCAGGAUGUGAUGCGGAGCAUUGAAGCAGACAGCUUUUGGUGUAUGAGUAAACUCCUAGAUGGGAUACAGGAUAACUACACUUUUGCACAACCAGGGAUCCAAAAGAAAGUCAAAGCACUAGAGGAACUUGUCAGCCGGAUUGAUGAGCAGGUACACAAUCACUUUAGGGAAUACGAAGUCGAAUACCUGCAGUUUGCCUUUCGCUGGAUGAACAAUUUACUAAUGAGAGAGCUUCCUCUUCGCUGCACAAUUCGCCUUUGGGACACUUACCAGUCUGAGCCAGAGGGGUUCUCUCAUUUCCAUUUAUAUGUUUGUGCUGCAUUCUUGAUUAAGUGGCGGAAAGAGAUCUUGGAUGAAAAAGACUUCCAGGGCCUUCUCAUGUUGCUACAAAAUCUGCCCACAAUACACUGGGGCAAUGAAGAGAUUGGACUCCUCCUUGCAGAAGCCUACAGGCUCAAAUAUAUGUUUGCAGACGCCCCCAACCAUUACCGCCGAUAGGUCACAGGGUUCUGCCUCUGCUCCCUUUAUGCUGGCCCAAUCCCAAUCACUGUGGCAUUUCAUCAUUCUAGUCCUUGGGCGCUUUCUGACCAGGAGCCACCUGUUGCUGUAAAAAGCUUACAACAAACCUCCGUCUUAACUUUUGCGUGUGCCUGCCUGCCACUUCAUGUGUGGAUGUGCCAUUAGUGUCCCGUGCUAUGGUGGUGGCGUGAGCUCAAGGACUCGGGACUGGACAAGUAAACUCCAGGCUCCAACCUGGACCAUCAAAGCCUUGCAGCCUCUUUCUUGUUAAUUCGCCUGAGCACUGACACAGUUGCACACUCCAAACUGGGCCUGUAUUCUCUUGUUUCUUCAGAUGCUGUUCAAUCAAACUCCCCAAUGAAGAUGCCUUACAAAGAGUUCCGCCCAGGCAAUGGCAGUGCCAUUGGACACUAGAAGCUUUCAGGGGCUAGCUUCACUCAGCGUGUCUGAAGAAGUACAGCAUUUCAAGAGUUAAUCACAGACACACACACACACACACACACUCCACACACACACACACAGUCCACACACAGUCUUAUGUGCAGCAUAUCUCUGCAAAGUUGGCGCACAUGUGUUCAAACAUCUGUCUUGUCCAUGCACAGUUUGGAGUGACAUAAAUGAGCAAGACAGGACUCUUCCUGUGAUUGACUGACUGACUGACUGACUGAUGUGCUGUGUGAAAUGAAGUGGAGGGGGGAGAGCUCUGCUUCAAAAAUUCUCCUCUCCGUGACAAUGAUACUCCUCCAAGGCAUUAUGUGUAUAUUGUGUUCUUGUGUAUAUGGGUCAAAGAUGUACAAUAUAAGUCUUCUGUUUGUAGCAGAUAUGAUUUUAUAUUUAUAAUGUGAGUUCCAAGUGUGUAAAGGCUGCCUAGGUUACUAAUAACAGUGGGUCUCCUGCCUUCCCCUGCUCAUCAGGGUUUCCGGAGCUCUGGGCCCAUCUGCACUAGCACGUUUCUGCUGGCCCUCUUCCCAAACAUGCACAUUUCAUUUCUGUCAGGAAAUAUUUGACUCCAAAGCAAAAUCCUGCUGAGUGAAAGUCCAGUGCAUACCUGCGAGCGUGGGCACCUUGGACUUGACAGGAUUCGAUCUGAAGGAUGCUUGCAAUACCUAUCAGCACUUGAGCACACUCUUUUCGAGAAAGCACUGCAGUCCUUAGAACUCCUUCAGCAAUGCAGCUGUGAGUAAAAUCCUGCCUGUAUAUUGCUCUAGGUUGCUUCUUGAGACAGGUAAUGGAUCCCACCCUCUCUGCCUCCCCGCUCCCCAAACUUGAUUGGAGUCUUCAGCUGUCUCUUCAAGUCUUGGGGUAGCGGGGAGGGGAGAUGGGCUUCUUGUUUCAAUGCUAUGAACUUGUGAGGAGAUAGGAAGAAAUGGUGGCUUUUUCUACUAAAUUCCUUUCUUACCAUUGUCUCAGUGUGACUUUUGACCAACAAAAGGUUGUUUUGUUUUGUUUUUAAUUUAAUAAGUUUAUUCCAGCCAGCAGACAAAGUCUUAUUUGUGCCAAGCCUUGACCUCUGGCUUCUGUUCAUCUCACUAGGCUUCCAACAGCACCAUCCUCAGUUGUUUUUCCCCCUUGUUGGGGCCAAAAAACAAAAGCAACCCUGUGGUUUUUAGCCAGUGGUAGUACCAGGGAUAUUGGAGGCGCAUCAAGGCAGAGGAGCUUUGUUGCCAUUUGAACACCAAGCAGUGUCCUCACAAGUGGCUUUCCAAACCUGGAGUUGUUUUCUCAGCCAUCCUAAAUUGAUUUUCUUUUCUGUGUGUGCCUUUUGUUGCUUCCUCUGAGACAGCGAUCUGGUGGUCGUUAGUUUAACAUGACUAAUUAAAAAAGAAAACCAACCCAAGUUGCUCAUCUUUUCUUCUUGGUAGGUUUUGUGAGAUUGUGAGUAGGCAAUAAAACUUUUGAGUAUCUUUCUCCCUUUCCUGAAUGAAUCUCACACUGCAGCGCACUCCAGUUCAAGGUAAGCUUAACCCUCACCUACCAGGUUAAAAAAAAAACUUGCAUUGAGUGAGUUUGGGGGUAUCUUCUGACCUCGUGAAAAUUUCAGUGUAUUCAGAUGUCCAGUCCAUCUGAAGGAGAUGACUGUGGUCCAGAAAUGCUUAAGCCAAAUAAAACUUCUUGGUUUUAAAGGUG